AAGUGAUGUUUAGGACAAAAAGCGUUCACUGUUUUUUUUCAGGUUGGCAGGCGAUAAACAAAACAUAGUGUUGAUUUAGCGAGUCGUCUUGCGCUAGCUACCUUUUCCUAAAAUUAUUUGCAUUUAUUUUACUUUUUAAACUUUUCCGAUGGCUGUCUGAGUCGUAAUGGUUGUAAAUGUCUGCAACACAAUGAAGCUAAUAUAAACUAACGUUAGCUAAUAUCAACUAGCACGGCUAAUGUAGCUAGCUAACGCUAGUUGUUAGCUAGCUACCUUGCUUUUUGGGAAAUGUCCACCAGCAUAUUUGAGGAAAAUGAAGAGAAAAGUGGCCAAAUUAAGACUGAGUCCUAACGAAGAGGCUCGGGUAAUACGAGAGGAGCAUGAAAGGAGGAGAAAACUUCGAAUACAGCAGGUGCGGGAGCAGCAGCGGUACAUCGCUCUGCAGAUCCGCCGAGAGGUUGAGCAGAGACGGCAGCGUGAGCUGGAGCAGCUGGAGGAGGAGCUGAGGAAGGACUGGGAGCGACAGCAGAGGGAGAAACUCGACACGCUACAGAAUCUAUACCAGGAGAGCCUCAAGCUUCUCGGUCAGGGACACAGGAGUGCAAAAGAACAUGAACCCGACUUGGCCGCCAUAGCUCAGAGGGAGGAGGAAAAUCAUUUCAAAGCAGAGGAGCGUUAUCGAGAAGCCUUAAAGGAUCUCAAAUCACAAAGGCUUAAAGAUGAUGAGAGACAAAGCCGAUCCAUCAAUGCCAGGAAGAAGGCACUACAGGCAGAAAAGGAAAGAUCAGCAAAAGUGGCCAGCCUCCCCCCGCCUCUUCCAAACCCCAUUCAGAGCAUUGAUUCCAAGAAGCCACAUAUAGUAAAGAAAUCUGAUGUAAGUGCCUUUGCUGCCACGCAUUAUCACAUGCCUGAGAGCACAGUGGACAGAGAGGAAGCCACAAAGCAGCCUAAUGCCCAUGAGGGAGCUGAGCUGCAGGCGAGGAGACUGCAGGACUUACAGAGGGAGGACAAGAAGAGGAGAGAAGAGCAGCUUGAGAAGGCUCGUCUCCGAGGGAAAGAAGCUCUGAGGAGGGAACAUCUCGUGCAGGAUCGUGAACGCUUGCUUGUUGAACUGGAGCACAUGCAGCAGACAGACCUGCUGAGGAGGAGACAGCAGGUAUCACAAAUGCCUCCUCAGAUUUUCCAGCCUCUCUAUAAACGACAGGAGACAAGGGAGGACUUCCAGAGGGAGAUAGAGUUUGCCUUUGAGGACAUGUACACUGGAGAGAGGAGGGUUAAAGGAGAUCUGGUGGUCCAGCUGGCACCUGAGCCUCUGCCAGCUCUGUCCACAGGCAGCCAGGACCAAGAGCUGGACAUCACACUGGAUGAAAUCGCCGCACAAGAAACAAGAAACGCACAACAUGACACUGAUCAGGAUGCUGGAGGCACCGAGCAGGAAACAUCUGCUCAUGUGGAGCCCUCCAAACCUGCUCCGAGACGGGCGUUGAAGAAACUCCUGGAUCGUAUCAGGAGCCAGAGGAAUCAGUGGACCGACCACAGCAGUCACGCGCCUGCGGCCGAUUCGCCGACGGCCAUCACUGAUCAGAUCCCAGAGCGGGACACGACCAUCGACACAGGCUCUCUGACCAGCGAGGAGAAAGACAAACUGCCCCCCAUCGAGCUUGCUGAGCCUGGCCACUCACCCCCGGUGUUGGAGACAACCGAACAUUCAACUGCAGCAGAUACUCUACCUCCUGAUGUACUCGCCAACAGAAUCCAAGAGUUUGAAGAACGAAAAAAAAGGGAAGAGGAGCUCGAAAGCCAGAAGCAGCAGCAGGUGGUUUUGCUCCAGGAGCUGGAAGAGCAGAAAGCCAAAUUGGAGCAGAUGCUGCUUGAGGCCCAGCAGGAGAGAGAAGAUUUGAAGGCGGUUGUGACACAGCGACUUCCUAUUAACCAAACAGAACUAUCUGUCCAUGACCAGGAAGCCACCUCUGUCACUCCUGGUCUAGUCACUGAGCUGGUGCCUCCUGCAGGUGAAGAUGACCACAACAGAAGGAUUAGAGAAUAUCAACAGCGGUUGCUGGAACAAAACAGAAUUCACAAGAGGUCAGUAGAGGUGGCUCGUCAGCGCCUGGAGGAAUACCAGCGAGCUCUACGAAUUCGUCACAACAUGUCCGCCACAUCGUUGCUAUCUGCUGUUGUGCCGUCAGUCCCAAUUCGCCCACGUCUGCACAGUGCUCAGUCUGUGCAUCUUCCAGCUCCUCUGCAACUCCCUACAUCUCCUGCAGUGCAAGAAUACACCCACACCAAAUCACAAACCUCUGUGGAAGUUCCUACAAGAGAGUCUGACAUGUUGGCUUCACCUUCAAGACUUCCCAGCUCCCCUGUAAGCGUUGGCUCCAAGUCGCUGCCCGAUGAAGUUGAAUCUAUUGCGAGCAGUCAGAGGAACCAGAGACCAGAUGUCACUGCCUUGCUGACUGACAACAUAAUGGAGAGAGUAACGGAGCACCUUAAAGAGAGAUUGAGACCCUCCUCAGAGCCGCUGCCUUACAAACUGUUCCCAACACAUCGUUCAACUGGCAUCCCACUCCAGCCAACCUCUGAACCCAUCCACGCCAUUAGCCCGAGCGUCACAGAUGGUGCAACUCUGGUUCCAGGACAUGCAGCGGUUAUGCCUGGGACCUUGCUGCAUGGCUCCCUGUGGACUGGGUCUCUGAACUCCAGAGAGAACGACGACAUGGAGAGGCAGAGACGAGAGCUGCAGGACGUCCAGAGAAGGGUGCUGGAGCAGAGACAGCAAGAGGAGGAGAGGCAGGGACGAGAGCUGCAGGAUGUCCAGAGAAGGGUGCUGGAGCAGAGACAGCAAGAGGAAGAGAGGCAGAGACGAGAGCUGCAGGACGUCCAGAGAAGGGUGCUGGAGCAGAGACAGCAAGAGGAGGAGAGGCAGAGACGAGAGCUGCAGGAUGUCCAGAGAAGGGUGCUGGAGCAGAGGGAGAUAAUGGCGCUGCAGCAGAGACAGCAAGAGGAAGAGAGGCAGAGACGAGAGCUGCAGGAUGUCCAGAGAAGGGUGCUGGAGCGGAGGGAGGCAAUUGCGCUGCAGCAGAGACAGCAAGAGGAGGAGAGGCAGAGACAGGAAGAGCAGCGACAGAGACAGGAAGUGGAGAUGGAGCAGAUCAGGAGGCAAAAGGAGACCCUGCAAGCUCUGAUUCAUACUGAUGCACAACCAGUUCCAGAGGCUGCCAGUGAAGUGUUAGUUUCAGAGAACAUCGGUCAGACCCGCCUGAAAUUACUUGCGUCCCUGCUGAGAGCUAUAGAGGAGUCUAACGGAGGAACUUUAUCACACCUAGAAGACCCUCAGGAGAGAGAUGGAUCCUCUCCGCAACCGCCAUCUAACAGUGGUGAGACCGAUCUCAUAUCUCGGAGCAAUGUUCCUGCUGGACCUGGCCCGGUGUCAGUACUCCUCCCUCCUCCUCCUCCUCCUCGAGCAGCAAAGCCCCCGGUGACCCGCGUCAGGCUGGGCGUCAUGGACAUGAUGACUGAACAACAUGAGCUUAGUGCCAUUCAAGAGGUGGAGACACCAGCCGACACCAGCCAAGUCACAGGUCCAGAGGAUAGUGUGAAGGUCCCGCCACACACUGUGGACCGGGAUAUGCAAGAGGAUUCAGAGUCGUCUGUGGCCUCUGACACGUCCCAGCAGACACCCUCUUGGUCCAGCAGCGAGCAGCGGACCGCUGAACGAUCAACCAGCUCUGGAACGAGCUCGGGGAGAUCCAGCAGUGUCAUCUGGAGAGAGAGGCAGCUGAUGGGGGCAGGAACAUCUCCAGAAUCCUCAGAGUCUGAUUUAGUCCGGAGGAUAAUCUCACCACCUUCCUCUGACUCUGGGAGAGGAGCUGACUACUCUGGUCCUGCAAUCCCAAGUUACAGAUCCCCCACAGAGUCUGUACAUAGGCCUCCUGAUUCGGACUGCCUCUCCUCCACCACCAUCUCCACCGGCAGCUACAUCACCUCUGAUCCUGAGCAAAACGUAAACACUGAUAAAUCCCCGUCUCUAAGACGUUUAGAACAAGGAGCCGAUUCACCUGGCGUUUCCUCUCCAUCCGGUCAAAGCUUCGGUAUUAAGGAAAGCUCGACUGAAGCCCGUCCUGGUUUGGCUGUAGACUCUCUGUUUAAUGACAGCAGCAUCCAGCACAUUAUAGACAGAUACACAAGGGAGCUAAACAUCUCGCUCAGCACUGCUGGCAAAACCACAGACAGUGAAUCCUCAUAUAUGGAAGAAACAGGCUCUUCAGUCUCCCAGCAGUCUUUGGUUCGAGUCUCGGAGAGGAGAGGGGAGGAGGAAAGCUCUACGCCUCACCAGUCUCUUCCCUCAGACACCGCAGGAGCACGGAGGAGUGGCCUGGAACGGGACAAUACAGUCAAUCCGAUCCUGGAGCACUUCUCAGGCGAGGACACGUCACUGGCUGUGGACCAAGAGGAGGACUCUUUCAGACCUCUGAUUGGCCAGCUGGCGGACCAGUCAUCCUGUUUCGCUGUUGACCAGAGGGACUCAGCCAUGGAGCGCCUGGUCGGUCACCCAUCGGCUCACUCGUCCAUGAUUGGUCAGCUGACAGGUCGGCCUGUUUCAAUGAGCUUUGAUCAAGGUGGAUGGGAUUCCACUCUGAGUCGAAUGAUUGGUCGACUCUCCCAUCAGACCAGCUCCCAUUGGCUGAGUGGUGGGCAGGACUUUUAUGCCGGUCAGCUGAUGGGUCAGAUGCCAUUGGAGCGGUCGACCACGUGGUUGGAUGAGAGCAGAAUGAGACCGCUGGUUGGGGAGCUGGAUGAGUCUGCGGGGCAGCACAGUGGACGCUCAGAUGAAAGAACCCAUGUAGAUCUUGGUGUCUCCACUGAGGCCAGUGGGCCGUCAUACCCAGUGUUGCCUCCUGAAGCCUGGUCACACAGUCCUUCUGUCCCGGCUGUGAAUCCACAUCCGCAGGACCAAACCAACAUGGACCUGGGCCCAGAGAGGACUGAAGUGUUUCCAGGUUCAGACUCAUUCCACCCGCUUCUGGCUGAGGUCACCCACAACGAAACAGCAGACCCCUCCAUGACCUUUCACCAGCCCGAACACGAUGGGCGUGCCACCUCCCCUGAAGGACAGCCAGCCAGCGGGGGAAGCCGUGUUUCCACACCUUCUGAGGAGGUUGAAAUCCACACUGUUGAGUCUGAACCUUCACCCGAGCGUGUCAGAACAGAGGAUCCGUCCGGCUGCGUAGCGGAUUCCCCCGCCUCGCAGGAAUCCUUCUCCCAGCUCGCCACCUCCCAGUACCAACCAAGAGACUCUGUCCUCGUGCUGUCUCCCACCAUGAUGUCGCCAGAGGGAGCGGAUGCAGACAGAAACGUCAUUUCUGAAAGGCUGGGAGAUGCAGUCCCAUUCAGCGACCUCUGUCCUGUCUCAGAUAAGAUAUGGGGGGGCGCCAGUGAGAAGGGGAUCCUGGAGCAGUCGGAGAUAACACUAGUGAGCCUGACAGAUACCACGCUGCAGGACCAAGAGACGACCAUCGCUGAGGACGAGGGAAUUUGGGAAGACAAACCUCCAGAUGGAGCGAGGGAAGAGGGACAGACAGGCCAUGAGACAGAGGGGACGGAAUCCACGUCGUCACCGGAUGAGACUCCAGAGGACAAGAACCAAACGCACCCAGAUUCAGUGAUGCUCCUGGAGUUUCAGUGGGGUCCUAGCAGAGGCCUGCAGGAGGUCCACCAUGAGAAGCGCAGGGCGCUGCUCCAGAGAUCGUCCCGCAGGGUGGAGGAAAUUAAGGCUAAAGCGACUCGUGCCAAGAUUCAACCUGAGGUCCAAGCUCCAUCUGAAGCCGGAGAGCAGUCUAAAGCUCAGGAAUCUCAACCAGUCACCUGUAAGGAAAAGUUGAAGACAGAACCUCAACAUAAGACUAAUACCAAGUCAAAGGGGGGACAGGCUGAACUGCAUCAAACUACUGAGAAAUCUGGCUUUAUCAAGCCGAAAAAGCCCCAGCUUCCCCCUCCAGUGAGCGAUUUCAGGCUGAAAAAGGUGGACGAGGUGAAGAGCUGCACACCGGAGCAAAGGAAACUGGAUGUCUCUGAGAUGCACCAGAGAACUCAGAGACUGUAUAAGCAGCUGGAGGAAGUGAAGCUUCAGCAAGCGAUCAGGAACAGACAGGAAGCUUGUGCAAGAAACCGACUGAAGGCCAAGGAGUUCCACAAGAAAACCUUACAGAAACUUCGUGCCAAGCAGACGCAGACACUGUGAAUGUGUUCUAGUUCCACUUUUGUAAAUUUAAGUUUGUGUAUAAUUUAAGUUUUUAUCAAUAAAGCAUUUUAAGUUAUUUUAA